UCAGCCAGAGAGGCAGAGGAGAAGAAAAAAUGGCGGCUCUCGGUGCACCAGAACGGGACGCCGGGCUAAUGUUUUGAGCUUUCACACCCGAAAAAGACACGGGGGCUUCACGGGGCCUAUUGCACCGUUUGAAUCGUCGCCGGUUCAGCUUUGUGGCGGUACCGCUUUCGCUCGCGUUCGUGCAGGCUAAAGAGACGCAAACAUUGGGAGCGUAAAAUAAUAGAUUUCGCCUAUCAUGAGAGGGAAAAGGGGCAGGCCGCCCAAACCGCUACAAACCGAGGAGCCAUCUCCAGCUGCGGCCCGGGGCUUGCGACCUAGAAGGAAUUUGAAGCCCAGGCUAAGGGAUAGCGGGGACGAGGACGCUGAGAGCCCCACAAGGGAGACCGUAAAGACGCCGAAAAAGAGAAGAGGGGGACCGUCGACACGGGGCAGGGGACGAGGGAGAGGUGCUGGUGGCAGAGGAGGCAGGGGUGGUCGUGGAGGAAGGCGGACGCCUGCAUCCAAAGCGGUUGUGUACGACGACCACGAGAGCGAGGAGGACGACGAUGCUGUCAGCCUGAGGUCGGAGGAAGAUGAGUUUAUUGAGGAGGAACCUCAGUCCGAGGAGGAAGAGGCCCUCAAGGAGGACUCUGACUGCCUGGAAGAUGAUAUGCUUGAGGAGGAGGAGGAUGAUGCCAGCUACUGCACAGAGAGUAGUUUUCGGAGUCAGAGCACACACGCCAGCACUCCGGGGAGGAAAAAAGGCAGAGCUCCCCGACCUCGAACUCCCAUUCUUGAAGAGAAGGAGAUCCCUCCUCUUGAGCUUCCCGACACCUCUGAGGACCUUCUGGUGCUUAAUGAGGAGCUGCUCAAUGCCAUCUCCAUCUACGAGGCGCUACGGAACUUCAGCACGGUGCUGCGUCUCUCCCCCUUCCGCUUCGAGGACUUCUGUGCAGCACUGGUAGGCCAGGAGCAAUGCACUUUAAUUGCAGAGACCCAUAUUUCCCUGUUGAAGGCCAUCCUGCAUGAGGAGGACUCCUCCAACACUACCUUUGGCCCUGCUGACCUCAAGGACAGCGUCAACUCUACUCUGUACUUUAUUGAUGGCAUGACGUGGCCCGAGGUGUUGCGGGCAUACUGUGAGAGCGAUGUGGAGUACCAUCAUGUUCUGAAAUACCAGGAGGUGGAUGAUUACCCUUACAGUCCUCUUGGAAGUAAGAUUAAGGUGCUGCAGUUUUUGGUGGACCAGUUCCUCACCACCAACAUCGCCCGCGAGGAGCUCAUGUCUGAUGGCAGCAUGCAGUACGACGACCACUGCCGCGUGUGUCACCGCCUGGGUGACUUGCUGUGCUGUGAGACCUGCUCGGCAGUCUACCACCUGGAGUGUGUGAAACCACCACUGGAAGCAGUUCCAGAGGACGAGUGGCAGUGUGAGAUUUGUGUGGCGCACAAGGUGCCCGGUGUCACAGACUGUGUGCCUGAGGCGCAGAAAUGUAGGCCCUACGUCCGCCAGGAGCCCAUUGGAUAUGACCGCCACCAGAGGAAAUACUGGUUCCUCAACAGAAGGAUUAUUGUUGAGGAGGAUGGGGAGCACGAGAAGAAAAAGAUCUGGUACUACAGCACCAAGGCUCAGCUGGAGGAGCUCAUGGAGUGCCUGGAUAAGGAGUACUGGGAGAUGGACCUGCAUGCAACCCUCGAGGAGAUGAAGGAGGAAGUCCAGGCUCACAUGGACAUCACAGAGGACCUUACCAACAAAGCCCGUGGAAACAAUAAAGCCUACCUCACUGCAGCCAACGAAGUUGUCGUGGAGCGUUUGAAGGUCAGGCGGGAGGCACGGGAAGCAAAGACUCGAGCAGAGGAGUCGAAGCAGGAUUCAGAUAAAGGAUCUGUAAAUGCAGCCGACGCUACUGCUGAGUCCUCGUCGCAGCCUGACAACGGAGAGUGCAAAGCGGUUAAACCAAUGGGUGAAGCUGGUUCACAAGCGGCUAGCGCUCCUCCUGCUGCAGAAGAGAGCCGUGCGUCAGACCCUGACCCGGGCUCUGCCGCGCUGGACACAGCCCUGCCUAAAACAGAAUCCAUUGAAUCAAACAAGGAAGCACAAGUUUCCCAUUCUGGGAGCCAGGAGAGCAGUGAGCCAGCUCCAGAUGCGAAGCGGGAAAGGACAGACGAGGACUCAAAAGAGUCUAGCAGCGAAGUCAGGCGAGCCGGCGAUCCGCAGGCACCAGCUCAAAAUCAACCACAACAGCCGCACUCGUCUCAAGCGGAGGCAAAUGAUGGCAGCAGCCAGGUUUCUGGAUCGGCAAGUCCCAAGAAACCCGAGCCACCUGACCUGGCCGAUAGGUCCUCUCAGUCCUCUUUUACCAGCCAGGAUGGGACAGAGGAGUAUAAUGAAAGGGUCAAGAAUGAGCGAGGAGCGGCGCAGGAAUCUAAUAACCAUAUGCCCAGAGGGAGCAAGGAGUCAUCGCCCGUUCGCUCAGACGUCGAGUCCUUACGUCUCAGCUUCUUGAAAAGGGAUCUGACGGUGAAUUUGAACAACUUGUUCAAACUGGGCCAAGAGGGUAAAUACAGGGUCUACCAAAACCAGUACAGCACCAACGUCCUGGCCCUUAACAAACAUCAGCACCGGGAGGACCAUGACAAGAAGCGUCACCUCUCCCACAAGUUCAGCUUGACCACCGCGUCGGAGUUCAAAUGGAAUGGCUCCAUCUACGGUUCGAGAAGCCUGACCAUCUCCACCCUGCGUCUUACCAUCAUCCAGCUGGAGACGAACAUCCCCGGACCGUUUAUGCAUCCCAACUGGGCAUCACACAGGACCAACUGGAACAAAGCAGUGCAGAUGUGCAGCAAGGCCAGAGAAUUUGCUUUGGCCUUGGCUAUACUGGAGUGUGCCAUCAAACCAGUGGUCAUGCUGCCUGUAUGGAAGGAAUCCCUUGGACACACAAGGCUACAUCGUAUGACCUCCAUGGAGCGGGAAGAGAAGGAGAAGGUGAAAAAACGAGAGAAAAAACUGGAGGAUGAGGAAACACUGCAGCAGGCCACAUGGGUGAAGUACACCAUCCCCAUCAAACACCAGGUGUGGAAGCAGAAGGGGGAGGAGUACAGAGUGACAGGGUAUGGCGGGUGGUGCUGGGUCAGCAGGACACGUGUGGCCCGUUUUGUUCCAAGGCUCCCGGGAAACACAAACGUAAACUACCGCAAAGAACUGGAAGCAGCUAAAAUGAGGAAAGAAAAUGCAGCAGACUGUACAAAUAAGCAGAAAAUGCCAACAGAAACGGAGACAGUUCAAAACAAAGCCAACGAGGGCAAAGAACAAGCAUCCGUCACGGAGUCGUCUCAAAGGGCCUCGUCCGAGGAGGACCAUAAAUCUGAGAACUCCACAGAGGAGGAAAAGCCUGCAGAAGAGGCGCAGGGAAAAAAUUCUGAAGCAAAAAGAGAAGAUGAGAAAACAGAGGCUUCUUCAAACACCAAGCAGGAUAAUCCUGAUGGCAAAGGCCCUUCCUCACCUACUGCACAUCCUGAACAGGACGAGCCAACCCAGAAACUCGAGCAACCCAAGAAGGAGGAACCUGCAACAUCGAGACUCUUCUCUGACGUCGUGAACGUCAGCGAGGGCUUCCAGCUGCGCACAGUUUAUAAGAAGAAAGUAAAGCCUUCCAAGCUGGAUGGGCUCCUGGAGCGCCGGGUGAAGCAGUUCACCUUGGAGGAGAAGCAGAGACUCGAGAAGUUAAGACAGGCAGCCCUGUUGUCCAAAACGGCUGCUGCAAAACCUGCUCCCGUUAUUAAGACUGAAGGAUCAACCAGACAGCAGCCAGCUACGACCCCGUGCGUUAAAGUAGAAGAGAAGGACGAGAGCCUACAAGUGAAAGAUGCCGUGGUUAAAAAGCUCGACUUUGAUCAGGAGCACAUAAAUGCAAAGACGGACGGCCUGGAGGUCAAAUCAGAGGAGUUAGCAGGACCUGACAAAGGUAAACAGGCGGAGGUAAAUUCUGUGCACGGAAACAGUGGGGAGGCUUGUGCCCAUAAAGAGGUGAAUGGAGGACCCUUAACUAACCCUGGCCUUAACAAUAAAAACAACUGUAUAACAGAGACAUUAGAAAACAGUGAAAAAACACAGAAGUCUGAGAAUUCUAAGAAACGUGCCUAUGAGGAAGUUGAGAAAGACUGUGAACAGAGUGACACAGAGAGCAUGGAGGUAACCCAAAACAAGACCAGUCCAGUACAGGUGAAUGGGAACACUAUGGUCACAGAACCCGUGCACUCAAACCCAGAAACCCGAGAUCAAGGUGACGUCAAAGAGCCCGUCAAGUCCCUGAUGAAUGGAAACCUCUCGCAAAACGAUGUAUCCGAUAUAUGUCACUCCCCUCCUAUGAAAGUCCCAAAAUUAGAGAAUCAUGUUGGAGAGAAAGGAGACUCCGUUAGUAAGAGUGAGGAUGUGGCCAUGGAUACCAAGGAGGCAGUGCCUGCUACCCUUCAGUCUUCAAGCCCUUCUUGCCAGAAUAAUAAAAUUACAGAUAAUUGCUGUAGUGGUGAAGGUUUGAAGUCCUCUGCCACCAGUGACGUCGCCACGAAAGCGUCUCAGAACUCCCUGACACCAGACACGCCCAGCAGCACCAGCAAGCCCGAUGUGCCCGUGGGAAGUAGCGCAGUUUCCUCCGUUGCCGUUUUCAGCUCCGCCACCCAGCCCAGCUCUGGAACGCCAGUUUCCCAGAAGACGAAACUUCCAGCUGCUGACACCAAAACGGUCGCCUCUGGUUCACCCAGCUCCAUGACAAUAAGUAAAGAGUACUCCACCAAAAAUAGAGUCAGCCUUCUAAGGUUCUCCAAAACUAAGAAGGCCCGCUCGGGCACAGCCCUGCCGUCUUACCGCAAAUUUGUCACCAAGAGCAGCAAGAAGAGCAUCUUUGUCCUGCCGAACGAUGACCUUAAGAGACUGGCGAGGAAGGCAGGCUUCAGAGAAGUUCCCAUCUUCAACUACAAUGCCAAGCCUGCUCCAGAUAUAUGGCCAUACCCUUCACCUCGACCCACCUUUGGAAUCACGUGGAGGUACCGUCUUCAGACUGUGAGGUCGCUGGCAGGGGUCAGUCUAAUGCUGAGGCUGCUGUGGGCCUGCCUGAGGUGGGACGACAUGGCCGUUAAGCCCUCUGCUGCUGUAGGGACAACGCGAAAAGAAACAACGGAGACAGACAUCACCACAACGGAGAUUAUAAAACGAAGAGACGUGGGGCCCUAUGGCAUCCGCUCUGAAUACUGCAUCAGGAAGAUCAUCUGCCCCCUCGGAAACAGAGACACUCCCAAAGAAACUCCCACUCCACAGAGGAAAGGCCUGCGCUCAAGUGCUCUGAGGCCUAAGAAGCAGGAACCCACUAAACCGACUGGUCCUGUUGCUGUGGAAACGUGGGUGCCUGAGGAGGAACUGGAGCUGUGGGAGAUCAGAGCCUUUGCAGAGAGGUUGGAGAGGGAGAAGUCACAGGGCGGAGAUCCCUCCAAGACCGGCAGUAGUCUGAAGACAGCGGAGGAGGUCAAGGCCCAUUUAGAGAACCAGCUGAAGCAGGCCAGACUGGCAGCCCAGCAGAAACGUCUCGAGCAGCAGAGACCGACCACAACUGCCACAACGACCACGACAACGUGCACCACCACCUCAGCCGGCACUCCCGGUACCCCAGUAUCGGUGGGCCAGAAGACAAGUCAAAUAACUUCAGGAACCAAGAUGGUGUUGGCCUCCAAACUGAGCUCUCCAGUCCCGUUCCAGCAAGACAAGAACUUCCAUCAGUCGUUUGCUUCCUGGGUCAAGCAGGGUCAGGCUAAUAACAGCUCAGCAGGUGUAGUGCAGCAAAAGGUCCUGGGUAUAUUCCCCUCUGGGCCUCCUGCGAACCUUAGGACAUACAGCACACUACAUCCUACAACUGGCAACAUCAACCUCAGAGCCACAACCUCCACCUCAACCACCCAGCAACAGGUCACCACAGCAGGAGGCCAAACGCAGCCCAGUACCGCAGUGAAUCAGCCACUCACUCCGUCUACCUCUGUGGGCACAGCAGGGGUCAGAAGUUCAGCUGCUCAGCCAGGUCAGGUUCAUCAGGCUGUGGCUCCGAUGGGCCGUGGCCAGCCUGCAGCUGUGCCUGGUUCUACACCUGUGCAGGCAGCUUUGGGUCAGAGGGCUGCAGGUCCUGCGCCAUCACCGUGUGCUGCCUCCACAGCUCCUGGACAGUCUCCCGCAGCUCCUCCCCAGACACAAAGACCGCAGCAGGGUCAAGUUAAACUCACUAUGGCACAGCUCAUGCAGCUUACACAGAGUGCACAGGGAGGGAACCCAGGUCUGACGGUGGUGAUCCAGGGUCAAGGCCAGACCCAGGGACAGCUGCAGAUCAUCCCACAGGGUGUAACAGUCAUCCCCGGCCCCGGUCAACAACUAAUGCAGGCAGCUAUGCCCAAUGGCCAGGUCCAGCGCUUCCUCUUCACUCCAAUUCCACCAUCAUCUUCAGCUCCAACUUCAGCACCCGCUCCUGCUACCCCUGCCAAACCCACCGCAGUCCAGACCCCCCAAACCCAAAUGUCAACUCCUCUUCAACCCAGAGCCUCUGCACAAGUCCAGACGACUCCCUCAUCCUUAGCUCAAACCCAAAUGACGGCCCCUUUGCCUGCCCCAUCGCAUGUCGCAGGCCCAACACAGAUGCCAAGUUUAGCCCCCGCUCCAGCUCCAGUCCCCAUGCAAACCCAAGUCGCAGCCCCCGUGCCCACUUCCCCACAAGCCGUCGUCCAGGCUGCAUCUCAAAUGCACCUUUCAGCCGCUACCCCGUCACCCGUCCCUGCACUCUCGCAAAUAUCCACUCCCAUGGCUGCUUUGCCACAAGUUGCAACCCACUCCUCCACACAGAUGUUGCCCUCCACACCAGCCUCAGCUGUUGCACAGCCCCAGCUGGCAAUAUCGGUUCCAGCCCUCCCAGCACCAAAUGCGGGCCUGCCUAUGACUCAGAAACAGAUUUUGACCUCAGCAUCAUCACAAGCUGACCUCCAACCUGUCGUCCAGACCCUCGUCUCCAGCCUCGCACCCAGUUCUCUACCUACACAAACCCAAACUGCAGGCUCACCACCAGGACAAGCUGCCCCCAGAUCCCAAGUCCAGACACACGCCUUCAGUUCUGCCCCAGGGUUAUCCUCCACCCCAGUUCAGGUGCAUGCUGCUGAUCCCCUGCUCCCCCAGGUUGCUGGUGUUGCAGCAGCUGGUCCUAACUCUGUUCCGGUGCCCAUUUCUGCCUCUCUUCCUUCACCUGUCCAAGCUCCCACCCCGGCCCUCGCACCCGUCUCUGCUCCUGUCAUAGCCGUCAUGUCCACGCAGAUCGCUGUCCCGUCCCCUGCCAGAGCUCUUACUCAAAUCCAAGCCACAGGUCCUGUCCCCCUCCAUGCUGCUGUGGCAAACGCUGUUGUCACACCAGUUACUGCCACCUCAACAACACCUUCAGUGCCAGCUUUGACAGAGCAGAGGGCAGCUCAGCCUUCAGGAUGGACUCCCACCUCGCCUCAAGCGCAGACUCCAGUUCAGCCAGCUCUACAGGCAGCAGAUGCUGUUCAGCCACCCGCUCUGGCUGCUGUACCCGCCUCCACCCCUGCUCCGAUCGCCACUCACUCCCCCGUUACUCCGCUGCCUCAGGCAUCCCUGACUCCUCAGUCUCAAGCACAAGUCCAGCACCCGGUCGUCGUGUCCGUGCAGCAGGUGGCACAAAUGCCGGUCUCAGCAGUGCAGGUUCAUAUGACAGGAUUGCCGGUUUCCUCUGUCGUGACCACCAUGAGACCCGCUCAGCCUCAGCUUCAGCCCCAAACCCACACUCAGCUUCAACCCCAGUUUCAAGGCCAAAUCCGUGCACAGGUUCAGGUUCAGCCUCGUGGCCAAGUCCAACAGUUGCCACACAUUCAGGCUCAAGCGCAUCUCCAAGCACAACCUCAAAGUCACCCCCAGGUCAGAGUUCAGUUUCAGCCACGAGCACAGAUCCAACCACAAACUCAGCAGCCACCCCAAGGGCAAGUACCCCCUCAUGCUCAGAUUCAACCUCAGGUGCAGUUUCAAUCCCAAACAAAAACCUUGCCUCAUGUUCAGGCUUCAAACCAGGCCCAGAUCCAACCGAGGGUCCAACCUCAGUACCACCACCAGGUACAAGCUUCAUUCCAAACGCAGCCGCAAACCCAACCUCAGGCUCAGCAACAGCCUCAGAUCCAACCGCAACCCCAGGUUCAGCCCCAGCCUCAGGUUCAGUCUCAGGCCCAAAGUCAGCUUCAACAGCAGCCUCAGAUCCAAACCCAACUCCACCCACAGGUUCAGGUUCAGUUCCAGCAACAAAGCCAGAUUCAAACUCAGGCCUCUCAGCAGCCCCAGGUCCAUAUUCAGUCACAAGUUCAAACUCAAGUCCAAACCCAGCCCCAGUUUCAAGUCCAGUCAUCGCAACCAACUCAAGUCCCGCAACAACUUCAGGUCCAAGCCCAGCCCCAAGUCCAAGCAAAGCUCCAAGUCCAGUUCCAACCUCAGAACCAAACUCAAGUUCAAACACAGCCUCAGAUUCAGGUCCAGUCUCCAAUCAGGCAUCAGCUCAUCACAGUUCCAGGUCUCCAGCAGCCCGUGCAGCUGCUGUCAGCUCUGCCGCCCCACGUUGCAGCCCAGAUCCAAGCCCAGAUCCAGGCGCAGCAGCAGGGUGGCACAGUUCCUCAGCAGAUCAAACUGCAGCUUCCGAUCCAGAUCCAGCAAACCGGGGGACAGAUUCAAGCCCACCAGAUCCAGAAUAUGGUAACCAUACAGGCACCGGCAAGCGUCCAGGAGCAGCUUCAAAGGAUGCAACAGCAGCAGCAGCAGCAACAACAACAACAACAGCAGCAAGUUCAACAACAGCAGCUACAGCAAACACCAAAGAAGAAGAAACACCAGGAGGCUAAAAGGGAACAGAAGGAGCAGAACGCACAGGCGAUCAGCCCUGGAGACGGCAUCCAAAAGCAGGCGGUAGUGAAGCAGAAUGCUACAGCAGAACAGCUGAAACAGAGGAAGACCCUGGCUGCUGCUGAGCGAGAGGAGAACCAAAGGAUGAUCGUCUGCAACCAGGUGAUGAAAUUCAUCCUCGAUAAGAUUGAGAAGGAUGAGAAGCAGGCAGCUAAGAAAAGAAAGAAGGAAGAGGUGGUGGAGCAGAAACGCUCCAAGCAGAAUGCCACCAAGCUCACCGCGCUCCUGUACAAGCACAAAGAACAUCUCAAGGCCGAAAUCCUCAAAAAGAGGGCCCUGUUGGACAAAGAGCUGCAGCUGCAAGUGCAGGAGGAGCUGAAGCGGGACAUAGCCAGGCUGCAGAGAGAGAAAGAGAAAGCUCGAGCUGCUAUUGCCCAGGCUGCUGCAGCAACAGUCAAGGCUGCCUCUUCCCAGGCUUCCCACUCCUCCCAACUCUCUCACUCCACACAUUCCUCUCACAGCACGCGCACAGUGACCUCACCUUCAUCGUCCCACAAGCGGAAAAGAGAAGACGAGAGAGACAAAGACAGAAACAGGGAGAGGGAGAGGCAUCACGACAAGAGUAAGAAGCGGGACAGGGAAAAGGACAAAGACAAGGAGAGGGAGCGACACAAAGACAGAGAUAAAGACAGAGACCGGGAGAGGGAGAGGGAGAGAGAGCGAGAACGGGACAGACAUCGGGAUAGGGACCGGGACAAGGACAGAGAUAGGGACAAAGACAAGGACAGAGAUUCCAACUCUUCAAAACACAAGAAGAAGAAGAAGAAGCUGUCUUCUACCUCAAAGGAUCACAAGAAGGACACCAAAUUGUACUGUAUCUGUAAAACGCCCUAUGACGAGUCAAAGUUUUAUAUCGGGUGUGACCUGUGCUCCAACUGGUUUCACGGCGCCUGCGUUGGCAUCACGGAGAAGGAGGCCAAGAAGUUAGAGGACUUUGUGUGUAACGACUGUAAACGCGGGCAGGAGGGAGGAAGUAAUGAGGAGCUGUACUGCAUCUGCCGGACACCAUACGAUGAAUCGCAGUUUUACAUAGGCUGUGAUCGCUGCCAGAACUGGUACCACGGCCGCUGUGUGGGCAUCCUGCAGAGCGAAGCCAAUCACAUCGACGUGUACGUGUGCCCGCAGUGCCAGUCGACAGAAGACGCCAUGACGGUCCUCACGCCUCUCACUGACAAAGACUACGAGGGGUUGAAAAGAAUAUUACGCUCAUUACAGUCUCAUAAAAUGGCAUGGCCUUUCCUGGAGCCGGUGGAUCCGCAUGACGCGCCUGAUUAUUAUCGUGUGAUCAAGGAGCCAAUGGACUUUUCCACAAUGGAAACCCGUUUGCAAAAGCGACAUUAUCACAAGCUCACAGAGUUUGUGGCAGACGUGACCAAAAUCUUUGACAACUGCCGCUACUACAACCCCAACGACACGCCCUUCUAUCAGUGCGCAGAGACGCUCGAGGCCUUCUUUGUACAGAAGCUAAAAGGUUUCAAAGCGAGCAGAUUGUCAGAUUCUUAAGUGGGCCAGUCUAGCUGGCGUCUGGACUGGAUGCUGGGGUCUCUAGUAAUAAUGAUAUGAAAGCAAAACAAAAAGAAUAAAAAGGCACAAGAACACACACAAAACACCAGAAGUUUUCAGGAACCCGUUGUGAUCACGGUUUUCAGUGACAACACAAUGGCAGCCAUGUUGACAGGUGUCAAUGAUGUAAUUGAAGGGCAUGCUGUCUUCACAUCCUAAACAUAGACUGUAUAUAAAAAACGAAAGUAGCCCCCAACUUCAACUUUAUGUCUGCUUUCUUCCUUAUGGCUACAGAAAACAAGCCACUGACUUUCACUCUCAGUCAACAGUCUCAGGUCUUAUCGAAUGCAACAUUGUUGCUGUCAAAACUGAUAAUGGUGAGCCACGGUGGCUACUUCCAUCUUUUAUAUACAGUCUGUGAUCCCAAAUCAGGAGUCGUGGCCUUUAUGAACAAUCAGUCACACUAACGAGGGUUGUGUUCAGUAGAAAAUGCAUUUUAGUUUCUCAUUCUUGUAUUUAUUUCAGUUCUACACCCGAGUUGAAUUGGGAAUUUUGACUCAACGAUAUAAAGCUGCAUAUUUUAAUAUAGAGAGAUAUUUAUAAGACGUUUUGUAUACUGCCUCCCUUCUUGAGUUUGAUUUUUUUUGUUGUCCUGGCUGUUAAGGUGGUUGUCUUGAAUGUACAUACCUUUAUUCUUUUCUUCUUUUUUUUUUCUAAAUCAUGUACAGCGUUUGUAAGAUAUGCCUGUAUUUGACUGUUUUAAAUAAUAAUGAAAUAAUUUUUAGAUAGUAUUAUUUUAUGAGACUAAAAUGUACUAGACGGAGUGAGGAGUUAGAGCAAAGUAACCUCAGUUUGUAGUUGUGGAAGAUUUCUUCACUAAUAAAAAGCAUUCCCAGUUAAUUACACCAACAUGGCUGCAGGAUCCCAUGCAGACCCCUUUGCAUCCUCUUGUCUCUUGUCUGAUCACUGUUAUAGCAAUAAACAACCUUGCGAAGGGCUCUCAACUUUCCCCUCUCUUCACGUUCUGUAGGUCUCAUAACAACAAGCUUCAGUCUUCUGCAGCCUCUUAGGAUACAUCGCACAUGCGCGAAACAAAAAUGCACUUGCCAAGAAUAUGGCUUUUCUGAACUGUAACUCUGUGAUGGACUCUGCCUCACCCUGUGUUUGGGGUUUGCUCCUCUUCGCCGCUGCAACGGGAGGUGGUGGUGGUGGUAGUGGUGGUGGGGGGAAGCUGGACAACCAGCACUUGCUGCUUUCACGGGAUCUCUUUUCCAGGCAGAGCCGCCCUCUGCUCAUUUCAGCUGUAAGGGACCUGUUUUUAUGGACCUGCUUUCAUCAGAGGAGCGAGAACAACUGAGGCAUUUCAGAAGAAAGUUUACCUCGGAGAAAAGACUCUUACGAGCUCUCAUAUUUCCAUGUACUUUUUUUUUGAUCUGAGUGUUUUUAAUUUUUUUUUUCUUACUUGGUUUAAAAAGAAGAAGAAAAAGUCCCUCAGGCCAUUCCUGUGGUCAUCAUGUCCAAUGUAAUAGAAACUGAAUACUGUCAAACAAUGGCUAGGUUCUACUCAGCAUAAUGAGUAGAGUUUUGUGUCUAAAUUCAUAUAUCACAGUGGAGCAAUGUUUUUCUCCCAUUUCCACUCAUUGUUUAGUCUGAUGUGGCAUGAAAGAUUGUUUAAGUACUAAUUAUCUGGACAUCGAUAGUCUGCUUGGUUAAACUUCUAUAACCUACUGAAAGUAAUAAGCUAUUGUAAAUGAGUUGCUUUGCAGUAGUGACUGACUGAGAAGGAUGAUGUAUUUGAAGGUUCCUGCCCUGUUUGUUUAACAAAACAAAAAACACAAAAAAAUCAUCAGAUUUUGACUUGAUUUUCUUUUCCUUUUUUUUGUAUUACAACUGAAGAAAUAUUGAUGUAUAUGAAACUUAAUAAAAUGGAAAACACCGA